UUUCCCUUGGUCUCCGCCUGAGGAACUUGGGCACCCUCCCCCAUUCCCCCACUCCCAGCCCCGCAAGCAUCCCCCACCUCUCGCCACUUCUACCCCCGCCCUCCAUCGCGUGACCAACUGGGAAGCGGCGUCGCCGCGGAGGCCCCCCACACACACCCCCUCGGCGCCCCCCGGGCCCCUGACUGGGCCGGGCGUGGAAGUGGUAACUAUGGAGAAUAUGGCGGAGGAGGCGGCGCCCGAGCCCGACGAGCCCGAGCCGGAGGAGGCGGCCCCGGGGGCUGCUGCGGAGAGCAAUGGCCUAAUUAAUCCAAUGAAAUUAAGCAGCAACAGUCACGACAAAGACACUGUAUCUGAAAUGGAAUUGAAGACUGUUGAGAAAGAAGCAGAGCAGGAGGGCUUGAAAGAGCCUUACAGCAUCCUGGCAUCAGCUGAUUUAUCAAGAGAAAAACACAUCUCAAUUCAAAGACAACUGAUUGAUCUAGAGAAGUUAGCUUACUUGAGUGAAAGUGAACCUGCCUCUUCUAGGUCCUCAUCAAAUGCAGACCAGCUCGAUGCAGCUGGUAAAAAGCUUUGUCCAUUAUGCCCUGAGGAAAAAUUCAGAGCUUGUUAUAGCCAUAAACUUCAUCGUCACCUUCAGAAUUUACACUGGAAAGUUUCUGUUGAAUUUGAAGGUUACAGGAUGUGCAUCUGUCACUUAUCUUGUCGACCAGUAAAACCAAACCUCAUUGGAGACCAGACAUCUAGUAAGAUGGGGGCCCAUUAUCACUGUAUCAUUUGUUCAGCAACCAUCACACGAAGAACUGAUAUGAUAGGACAUAUUAAACGCCAUGUGAACAAAGGAGAAACUGAAUCCAGGUAUAUUGCAGCCUCUGCUGCUAAACCACCCCAUGAAGUGUUGAAAGAAGCAGACACUGACAUAAAAGUUCUUCCUAACUAUUCUACACCUCAGAAAACAGAUUCCUAUUUUAAUCCAAAAAUGAAAUUAAACAGGCAACUGAUAUUCUCCACGCUGGCUGUGUUGGCUGAAGAACGAAAGCCUUUGGAAUGUUUGGAUGCUUUUGGGGCCACCGGCAUAAUGGGAUUACAAUGGGCAAAGCACCUUGGGAAUUCAGUAAAGGUUACUAUUAAUGAUUUUAAUGAAAACUCUGUGACGAUGAUUCAGGAAAAUUGCCAUUUAAACAAAAUGAAAGUGAUGUUGGACAGUAAAGAAGAGGAUGAGUGUGAUGAAGCUCUUGAAGAAGGAGAGGAAAAUGUUGGUGCUAUCGAAGUGACCAAAAUGGAUGCCAACGUACUAAUGCACUUGAGAUCAUUUGACUUUAUACACUUGGACCCAUUUGGAACAUCAGUGAACUAUCUAGAUUCUGCCUUCAGAAAUGUAAGGAAUCUUGGGAUAGUGUCAGUAACUUCAACAGACAUCAGUUCUUUAUAUGCAAAGGCUUUGCAUGUAGCCCGACGUCACUAUGGCUGUAACAUUGUGCGAACUGAAUACUACAAGGAACUGGCAGCCAGAAUUGUUGUGGCUGCAAUAGCAAGAGCCGCCACUCGUUGUAAUAAAGGCAUAGAAGUGUUGUUUGCAGUAGCCCUGGAACAUUUUGUCCUUGUGGUUGUAAGAGUUUUGAGGGGUCCAACCCCAGCUGAUGAAACAGCAAAGAAAAUUCGGUACCUGAUUCACUGUCAGUGGUGUGAAGAGAGAAUUUUUCAGAAGGAUGGUAAUAUGGUAGAAGAAAACCCCUAUAGACGGCUGCCGUGUGACUGCCACGGAAGCAUGCCCGGAAAGACGGCCAUAGAGCUCGGCCCUUUGUGGUCAGGUUCCCUCUUUAAUACUGGAUUCCUCCGAAGAAUGCUGUUUGAAGCAGUUCAGCAUGGUUUAGACGACAUUCAGCCCCUAAUAAAGACUUUAAUCUGUGAGGCAGAGUGCACCACUCUAAAACAGUUUUCAAUUCAUGCACCUACAAGUCUCAAUAAGCAAGAGGAAUGUGGUGUAGUUAUUAAAACUCCAGAUACUGGAACCGAUUAUUAUGUUGUACAUGGAAAGAGGAAAAGUAAUGAAAUGUGUAGAAAUGCUACCAAGAAGCAAAAGGCCGACAUCAAUGCUGAACAUCCUCCCUUUUACUACAACAUCCAUAGACACAGCAUCAAGGGAAUGAACAUGCCAAAGUUAAAUAAGUUUCUGCAGUCUCUCUCCCAAGCAGGCUUCCGGGUAAGCCGCACCCAUUUUGACCCCAUGGGAGUCCGUACAGAUGCACCACUGAGCCAAUUCAAAGCUAUCCUUACAAAGUACAGCAUGCCCACCUACACUGGAGGACAGUCAGAGGGUCACCUACAGUCAGCAGCUGAUGAUACAAGAACAGACUCCAUCCCCAUGUCCGUGGAUGGCAGACCUGAUGAGGCCGUGGGGAAUGAUAAAUCCACUGAUGAGAGCUUGUUCCCAGAUGUCCUGACAGAUGACUGGAGACCUCCUGCUCUGUAAUUUCAGUCCUGUGAUGUAACAGAUAUAAAAAAGCAGUCCUAUUUUUAUAUAGAAACCUCAGCAGUUCCUAAUUGGUUUCUAAGUUGGUUUGGAAAGCAAUGCUUUGAAACUUUCUUAUUCUAAAGGAGACAAUUUCAGAAUUUUCCAAAUGUUUCAUGUGAUGCAAGUUUUGUGCUUGAUGUCACCCCUCUGGUUAAAUAACCUGGAAGCAUUUCACAGCUGACUGUUGUGUACGUUUCUCAUAGCAGUUUUGAAAUCCUUUCAAUUGCACAUUACCACUUGAGCCUAUUCCCCAUGUUUAUGGUAAAUAAACUUUUUAUGGGGCAGAUGGAGAAGCCAGGAGCCUUUAAGCAUCACCAUGACCUUGAACUUACAAGUGUUUCUUCUAGGCCUACAUUGUGUCUCACAAUUAAGUAGCUAAGAGUAUUGGCACUGCUCACGCAGUCCUAACAACCAACUGAUCAGUCAGAUGUCUAUCUGUGCCAAAAAUAAAAAUGACAAAUGUUUUGCAAGGGAAAGGGACUAAUGUGCAGCAAAUUUUUCAUAUGCACUUGAGGCUCCUUUUUUAUUAUAGUGUAAUUCAUCAGGCACUAGACUUCUUAGACAUGUAAGAGAUCAACAGGUGAAUGAUCUCAUUGCCUCAUACGCUGCAUAAACACAUUAAUCUGGUUGUAAUCUGCCUUUUAAAAGUAAAAUAUGUUAUCUUAUGAAGUGAAUUUUCAUUUUCAGUGUUAAGCAUUAUAUUAAAAGCAUUUUAUAUGAGCAUCAGUAAAAAGACUAAAAAUAGGUUUAAAAUGUUUUUCCCCCAUCCCCUCUAUCAUUUGAAGAGUAUUUUGGGCAAAAAGGUUUGGAAUAUGCUUUUCUGCUCUUAUUUUAUCCUUUUAGAUGGUUGGAUUACUUCUAAGAGAAUAUUAGUAUUUUACUCUUUUUUGUUGGUUUUGGGGUUGGUUUUUUUUUUGGGGGGGGGUUAGUAUUUUACUCUUGAAAGAGCUUUUUAGGACCAUUAACUUUUUUUUUUUU